AUGGCGGAGUCGGAGUUGAGCCCCAAGUUUGCACCCUUCAUCGGGAUGGGCGGCAUCGCAGCGGCCAUGAUCUUCGGCUGCAUGGGGGCAGCGUACGGGACCGCAAAAUCCGGCAUUGGCAUCGCCGGCGUGGGCACCUUCCGGCCGGACCUGAUCAUGAAGUCCCUUAUUCCCGUCGUCAUGUCUGGUAUCAUCGCCGUCUAUGCGCUCGUGAUUUCGGUCCUGAUUGCCACCGACCUCCAGCCCCCAGCGUAUGGGGCUAACUACAGUCUAUUCAACGGUUUCAUGCAUCUCGCAUGCGGGCUCUCGGUUGGGCUCACGGGUCUUGCGGCCGGGUACUGCAUCGGCAUCGUGGGCGAUCACGGUGUCCGAGCAUAUAUGCUGCAGUCCAAGGUGUUCGUCGGCAUGGUCCUGAUCCUCAUUUUCGGCGAAGUGCUUGGGCUUUACGGGCUUAUUGUUGCUCUUAUCCUCAACACCAAGAGCAAGGGUUAAGCUCCGCUUGACUGUGCUUUCGCCUGCAAAUCUGGGAUGUACAAGUUGUAUACAAGGAGACCCGACCGGGGAUGGGGAAAGGGGAUGUGUCAUUAGUAGCAUUUGGCCUGGCGUUGAGGAUGUGUCCUUGUUUCAUAGAGGGUCAUGAGCUGGGAUAGGUACGGCAAGAAUCUGGAACUUUAUAUGCGGAACUAACUGUCUCCCCAUUUAUCACCGUGCCGCUUCGGCGAGGGCUGUAGCUCAAAAAGCUGUGCCAUGCAUCAGAUGUGGAGAUACGCCGGAGACACACGGUACCCAAUCAACCGGUUCCCUAGAAGCCACCUCACGCAGUGGUUACCGU